UUUCAGUCUGUUAUCGAGAGGUGAGAUGGCGCAGAAAGGAGAUCAGCUGGACCGAGAAACCUUCUCUUGUUCGAUCUGUUUGAAUCUUUUAAGGGAUCCGGUGACUAUUCCCUGUGGACACAGUUACUGUAUGGACUGUAUUAAAACCUUCUGGGAUGAAAAGGAGAAACUCCCCAGCUGUCCUCAGUGUAGAAAAACGUUUAUACCGAAACCUGCGCUGGGGAAAAACACCAUGUUAGCAGCUUUAGUGGAGCAGUUGAAGAAGACUGGACUACAAGCUGCUCCUGCUGAUCACUGCUAUGCUGGACCUGAAGAUGUGGCCUGUGAUUUCUGCUCCGGAAGAAAACUGAAAGCCAUCAAGUCCUGUUUAGUCUGUCUGGUCUCUUACUGCGAGAAACACCUUCAACCUCAUCAUGAUGUGGCUGCAUUAAAGAAACACAAGCUGGUGGAUCCCUCCAUGAACCUGCAGGACAACAUCUGCUCCCGUCAUAGUGAGGUGAUGAAGAUUUUCUGUCGUACUGAUCAGAAGUGUAUCUGUUAUCUCUGCUCUCUGGAUGAACAUAAAGGCCACGACACGGUCUCGGCUGCAGCAGAAAGGACUGAGAGGCAGAGAGAGAUGGAGGUGAGUCGACAACAGAUCCAGCAGGAGAUCCAGGACAGAGAGAAAGAUGUGAAGCUGCUUCAGCAGGAGGUGGAGGCCAUAAAUCAGUCUGCUGAUAAAACAGUGGAGGACAGUGAGGAGAUCUUCACUGAGCUGAUCUCUCUCCUCCAGAAAAGAAGCUCUGAUGUGAAGCAGCAGAUCAGAUCCCAGCAGGAAACUGAAGUGAGGAGAGUCAGAGAGCUGGAGGAGAAGUUGCAGCAGGAGGUCACUGACCUGAAGAGGAGAGAGGCUGAGAUGAAGCAUCUCAUAGAGACCGAGGACCACAACCAGUUUCUCCACAGCUACCCCUCACUGUCACCACUCAGUGAGUCCACACACUCCUCCAGCAUCAGCAUCCGUCCUCUCAGGCACUUUCAGGAUGUGACAGCAGCUGUGUCAAAGGUCAGAGGUCAACUACAGGACAUCCUGAGAGACACGUGGACAAACGUCUCACUGACCAUCACUCAUGUGGAUGUUUUACUGUCAGAACCAGAACCAGAACCAACUAGCAGAGCUGGAUUCUUGAAAUAUUCAUGUGAAAUCUCUCUGGAUCCAAACACAGUAAACACACGGCUGUUGCUGUCAGAUGAGAACAGAAAGGUGACUUUUAUGAACCAAAGUCAGUCUUAUUCUGGUCAUCCAGACAGAUUCACUGAUUAUCUUCAGGUCCUGAGUAGAGAGAGUCUGACUGGACGUCAUUACUGGGAGGUGGAGAAGAAGGGAGACGGGGUUGGUGUAGCAGUUGCAUACAAGAGUAUCAAGAGAUCAGGGGGGUCCCCUGAAAUUUUAUUUGGAUGUAAUGACAAAUCUUGGUCACUAAAUUGUUUAUCAGAUAAAUAUUUAUUUAGGUACAACAACAUCAGUUCCUCCAUCUCAGGUCCUCAGACCUCCAGAAUAGGAGUUUACCUAAAUUACAGAGCAGGUUUUCUGUCCUUCUACAGCGUCUCUGGAACCAUGACACUCCUGCACAGAGUCCAGACCUCCUUCACUCAGCCGCUCUACGCUGGAGUCAGGAUUAACUACGGUCCUGGAGACUCAGCUGAGUUCUGUAAACUCAAGUAGACGUUUUUCCUCUUCGUGUUUUUUCUCAGUUUUUAUUGAUUGUUUGUUCUAUAAGUUGAUGUUUUGUUGUUAUUUCCACCUUAUACACUGACUUCCAGGUUUUUAAUUUAAUGCUGCAGGGAUCAAAGUUUAUAAAACGGUGACAGAUGGUUGGCUGUUCGGUUUCUGGCUUGUUGAUAGUUGCGUUUGUUGUUUUGUCCUGUUUUCUCUGCAGUUCCUUCAUGUUUUUCAGAGGAACGUGGUAAAAACUGAACAUGUAAAAAUGUCAAACUUGGACUAACCUCUGAACGGAGCAGAUGGAGAGAGUUCAACGUGGAGCAGCAGAUGAAUGUGAGUGAAGGAGAAAUAGACGUGAGAAAGGACGUGUGGGAGAGACUUUGUAGAUGACAGAAAAAAACUGUCACGCUUUAAAGAAACUAUAAAGGUGCAGGCGCAGAGGAAUGUCUCUGUUUUGGCCAUUGUGUCUUCACAAUAUUCAUGCUAUAUGAAUUAAUUUGUAUUAAGGAUGUGAUUGAUUGAUUGAAACCUUUAUUGUCCCCUCAGCUCAUUUAAAAAGAGGCUUAUAAUGAUAUAAUAAUGAUAAUAAAAAAUAAU